AAGAGCAGUACAUUUGGUGGUUAUGAUUCAAUAGCUAGAUCGUUUUCAGAAGGAUUUGUGAGAGCAAGAGUUUGGAGAGCAUGCUCACUUCCGAGACCUCAGUUCAUCUCUGAAGAACUUCAAAUGAGCUCAGGUGACUUCAAAUCUGUAACAAAUGGACAUAACACAACGUGGGUUAUUGUAAGAGUACAUAUUGAGCAAGGCUGGGUUUAUGAGGCACAAGGUAGCGUCUUUUAUGAAACAUCCAGUCAUCCCUUUGGAGGAGUCGUUUUUGCAUUUAGUGAUAGUCAAAUCAGAUUAUGGGUUCCAAAAAGAGGAGCAGGAUCGUCGAAUGCUAAUGGUGUUCCGUUUAAUGCUAUGCAUGGUUGGGGAGAAUUUGGUGAUUUCGGAUACAGCAAGACAGUUAGAGUGAGGGCAUUUGUAUGGGAUUUUAAAAGUUUUGACCAUAAUCCAAUCGUCCUGGAGCAAACUUCUUACAUAACAAAUGACAACUUUAUAUCUGUUCCACCUGCGUACUCUUUUCAUGAUAACAACUUACUUCUGUUUUCGAUAAAAGCAGAAAGUGGAAAUAAUCAAGGCUACCAGUUCUAUCCAGCAGGUUCCUCCAUGACAGACGGGACAACAGACAGUAAUAAUACAAAGUUUGGGUCAUUUGUUUAUGGCUUUACUGAUGACAAACUUUACUAUUGGACACCUAAUGUCAACGCAUCAGGGUGUGUUUUGUUAUUGGAUGGUUUAUGGGGUUCACAGAAUCAACAACACUGUCUGAGUGAAAGUUCAAAUGACGUGGCACUGAUGAUAACGUUCAAUGUGCUCACAUUAGGAGAACCAGCAUGUGGAGUGUUUCCAUGUUCAGGUACAUCAGACAGAGGACAAGAAUGCAACUGUACGGGAAGUGAAAAGGGAGAACAGUUCUGUGAUAACGAAGCAACAAACUUUACAACAGUGGAAAGGUUGUCAUCAUCAACUUCAUCACAAAGUGACGAAGCAACAAACUUUACAACAGUGGAAAGGUUGUCAUCAUCAACUUCAUCACAAAGUGACGAAGCAACACACUUUACAACAGUGGAAAGGUUGUCAUCAUCAACUUCAUCACAAAGUGACGAAGCAACAAACUUUACAACAGUGGAAAGGCUGUCAUCGUCAACUUCAUCACAAAGUGACGAAGCAACAAACUUUACAACAGUGGAAAGGUUGUCAUCAUCAACUUCAUCACAAAGUGACGAAGCAACAAACUUUACAACAGUGGAAAGGUGGUCGACAUCAACUUCACCUCAAAGUGACGAAGCAACAAAUUUUACAACAGUAGAAAGGUGGUCGACAUCAACUUCAACUCAAAGUGACGAUGCAACAAACUUUACAACAGUGGAAAGGUUGUCAUCAUCAACUUCAUCACAAAGUGACGAAGCAACAAACUUUACAACAGUAGAAAGAUGGUCGACAUCAACUUCACCUCAAAGUGACGAUACAACAAACUUUACAACAGUGGAAAGGUUGUCAUCAUCAACUUCAUCACAAAGUGACGAUGCAGAUUUGGGAUAUACUACUACAUCCUUUUAUAUGGAACCUGAUUGUUUUGAUAUCAAAACUUUAUUCGGUACUAGUUAUAAAGAUGAAAACAGUCCAUUACCCAUGCUGAUAACUAAUGAUAAUACGAUAACAAGCAAAGUGGUUGUAACAAAAACCUGUCAAAACAGUCAAAGGAACUACUACUGGGAGUUAAGGCAACAACUUCAAAAAGCAACCAACAAUCAAUCAAUCAAUCAAAAAGGGACAUAUUUUAAAAACCAAUAUCAUACUAAUCCUGUAAAUCAACCAAAAUCCGCUGCAAUUUUCUUUGGAAAAGAGUCAAUAGCAGAGGGAAAAUAUUUGAUUCGAAUGGUUGUUAAUCUAACAGAUUCAGAUGAAUGGUUGGAGGACGAAAUGUAUGUUGAAUUUAGAUUACCGCCUAUUGUAACAAGUAUUCAAGGAGGCUCAGUUAGAUAUAUAAACAAAAAUAACGAUUUGGUUAUAGACGCUGGUCCUGUAACAUAUGAUAAAGUACAAAAAUACAAAAGUGUACCUUUUACCUAUGAAUGGUUGUGUCGCAAAGGUCUUAACCAGUCACAAGUGGACACAGUUCUUGGGAAAUUUGGUUUACCCGGAGCUCCUGACAUCAUAACUAUUGGAACAAGUUGCAAUGAACCUUCAUCAGGAGCAAAGUGGACAAUACCAUCUGAAAACCUUAGUGUAGAUACGUGGUAUUUAUUACAGGUAAAAACCAAGAAAAUAACAAACAUAAUGGAUGAAAAAUUAUUAGGAAUUGCAGACACUAUCAGAUCAGCAACUGCUCUUCAAGCUGUAAAAGUGCAUAUUGGGGACACCCCAACGAUUAACAUACUGUGCAGAAAAAACUGUCUCCCAAAGUUGUCCCUCAAUUCUUUACUGAUCCUUAAUGCAGAUUGUCCAGAAUGUAGUUUAUCAGACAUCAAUUACGAGUGGUCAAUACUCGUGUACAAUUCCACAACAGAAGUAUUCGACAGUUUGAAUUCUGUACCAAGAAUCAACCAGUCACGACUUAUAGUAACCAGUCUUACUGCUAAUGAGAUAGGUAUCAGACCCGACGCCCUUCGAGAAAUGGAUAGAAUAAGAUUUCAUCUAUUGCUCAGAACUCCCGGUAGAUCUCAUUCACAGGCAGAGUAUAUCGUGUCUGUGAAUGCUCCACCAUAUGGUGGUUCCUGUUCCAUAACUCCUUCUACAGGUAUUACAGUUAAGACUAAGUUUACUAUAGCUUGUAAAAACUGGUUUGAUGAAGGAGAAAGAUAUGUACAAAACAGAGCAGAUGAUGGAAAUGAAUUGUUAACAUAUUCUAUCUAUCAUGUGAGAAACACCACGACUGGUAUACUUGAAUCUUUGUUGUCCACGACAGGAGACAGUAGUAUUGUUACAACAUUAGCAGUAGGAGAUCCAGGAAAUAAUUUCCAUAGCAUCAUAAGGGUCAACAUCAUAGAUUUCUACAACGGAUACACUGAAGUGGAUUUACAAGUAACGAUUAACAAUGUAAUCAGUACUGAUAGAACUACACAAUCAGAUACAGAACUGAUUAAAACUAUUACAGAACUGGUUAAUGACGGCAUGGAUGAAGCACGAAUCAGCAAUGAUCCUAAACAGGUCAUUCAUCAGGCUUCAACUAUCGUGGCUUCUAUUACAUUAACACCUAUACAACCAGAGACGUUUAAUACCACCGACAACCCGUUAGAAUGGGUUUCUGGAUUAUUGGAAGCCACAAAAAAUGGAACGAAACCAUAUAACGACAUAUUGAAUGAUCUGAUAAAAUAUUAUCAAGAUCCUGUUAAGGUGGUUAUUGUACAGGCUGUUGAGAAUUUGACAAAAGAAAUGGAAGUUAAGUUAAUGUCGGAUGACUUAACUUUUUACAUGACAGAAAUGGCAACCAGUGCAUUCGCCACUGCACUCAGUAACAAUAAACUAGUUAAUAACUUUGCCGGGACUUCAGGAUCCAAUGCACUAACAAAUCUUGCUACAAGUUUCAAAAACGCAAGUGAAACUGCAUUAUUAACCAAUGGUUUGUUCGAUAGUUCAGACCCUCAUUUAGACUCGACUUCAGCUGCUAUUAUGACAUUGUUGUCUGCUAUUGUUGGAGUAACACUGACAUCAACUUUUUCGGAAAAGAGUUUGCCAUUGAUAUCUGCAACAACUGCUGACGCAAGAAAACAAGUAGAUUUUUUUGCAAACAUGUACGGAGAUGAUGCUUACAAAACAAUGGAAGAUGGUGAAUUAACACCCGAGGAGCGCACUGGACUAUAUCUAUUGAGGGCGAGAAUUUCACACGCCGAGUUUGAGGGGAAACAAAUAUUGGCAUCACUAACAGAUACAUCAAUCGACGCAACGUUGCAAGUGAUCAAUGACCAAGGAUUGAAUAUGAUAUGUAAAGGCUGUAAAACAACCUUCAAAACAAAACAUGUAAAUCUUUACAUAUUUAAAGCAACACUUCAAGAGAGAGGUGGAAGAUACAAAUGGGAUAUUCAAGCCUUUAAUGAAGUACCCAAUGGUAUACUCCAGAUUUCGACAAUUCCUAUGAGACUAGGUGAUAUGAAUGACAUAACUUCACUUGGAAUUGCUAAUUUCCCGCAAAAUGUGUAUAUAGCCGGUAGAACAGACACAGCUUUAGUUACGUCAAACGUCCAUAAAUUGUUUUUAAAAGAUAAAAAUAAAGAAAAUUUUAUUCCAACCAAGGUUGCAAUUAACCAAACUACUCAAGCUUUGCAAUUUUCUCAGAAUUUACCUGUCUACACGGAAGGGGAUGCUUCUUAUCUCUUUUAUCACUCUUUUUUCUAUCGUGACAAUGGGGACUACGUUUGUGUGUCAGUCCAUCCAGUACAGGACGUUCCAAAUUGUGUUACGUCAUAUGACGUAUAUGUCAAAUUCGAUUCCCAGCCAACUCACUUAAAUUAUGACGCCAAAGGAAGAACAUCACCUGACAAUGACAGAAUGAUAUGCUUCCCACCUCAAUUGUUUUCUUCUACGGGUGAGAUGCAUGUUGCCCUUCAUGCAAACAGUAAAGUGGUUUUUGGAUCCCUUGGUUAUGUUUGGAAGCCAAUCACCGGAAGAUAUGCCAAUGGGUCAUACAACAUAUCAGCACCAGCAUUGAUGCCGUAUAAUUUGCACAUAGUGACGUCAAAUUGUAAAGAGUGGGAUCCCAAAAGAAAAUCAUGGGAUUCAAUCAACUGUGAGAUGGAUUGGUUUCCAAGGCAACAUAUCAUAGAAUGUACAUGUCGUCCAGCUUUUGGUUUAACAUUUGGUAACACUUUUUAUGUGGCGCCAAAUAGAAUCGACUUCUCCACAGUUUUCUUACGUUUUGAUAUAACCAAUCAAGGCCCUGUGAUCGGGACUCUUAUAACGAUAUUAGUGAUUUACGUACUACUACUAAUUUGGGCGAGACAUCAAGAUAAGAGAGAUAUUGCAAGGUGGGGAGUUACACCAUUAAUUGACAACUUCGUGGACGACACAUAUUAUUAUCUUGUAACAGUUUAUACAGGAAUGAGAAGAGGGGCAGGUACCAGGUCCAGAAUAGGCUUGAUAGUUCAUGGAAAAGAUGGAGGUACAGGGAUACGGGAAUUAUCUGAUGGCGUCAGAUCGGAAAUACCAGCUGCAAGUGUUGUACAUUUCCUGAUGUCAACUACAUAUCCGUUAGGAGACUUGAGCUAUGUUUACAUAUGGCAUGACAGUUCUGGUGAAGGCGAGUCUUCAUCAUGGUAUUUAAACCGUGUUGAUGUCGAAGACAUUCAAAAGAGGGAAAGGUUUAUUUUCCUAUGUGGUAAAUGGCUAUGCUUAGAUACAGUUGAUAGCAGUGUAGAUGCCGUCCUACCAGUUUGUGGGAAAGAAAAUGUCACGACGUUCUCAAAUAUGUUUUACCUAAAUAUAAAAGAAAACUUAGCUGAUAACCAUAUGUGGAUUUCAAUAUUCUUCCGGCCGACAAGCAGCCAUUAUACAAGAUGCCAGAGACUAACCUGUUUCCUGUUAUUUAUUGUUUUAACAAUGGUAGGAAACGCAAUAUAUUUUCGCGACGAAGACGAGUAUUCAAAUGGAGGAUCAGAUAUUCGUGUUGGGCCCUUUUCAUUCUCAUUGAAAGGAAUUUACAUUGCAUUUAUAUCAGCAUUAAUUUCAACACCUACCACCGUAUUAGUAAUUUUGAUGUUCAAUAAAAGUAAACACAGGAAAAACACUACAAAAGAUUAUUCACGAAGAUAUAGAAUACCGGUAUUGGAUUGUUGGUUUGAUAGAUUAAUGACAGAUAGUCAUAAGUUAGAGAAAGCUCUCGUUUCAAAGGGACUUUUCAAGACUGAAAGUACUAAUUUCCCAUAUUGGUUUCAAUAUAUAGCAUGGCUUUUGGCACUUGCAGGUAUAGGAGCAUGUUCCGUCUUCUUGACUCUUUACAGCGUCGAAUGGGGGGAAAAGAAGUCCGAAAAAUGGCUGGUACAGUUUUUCUUGUCUUUCUGUAGCUCGAUUUGUUUACUGGAUCCAUUGAAAGUCAUAUUUAUGUCUGCAAUAUUCGCAAUGUUAGUAAAGCAAACCGACAAGUUCAGACCUACAGGACUGGAAAGGUCACUCAUUCUCAAGAACUACAAGCACACUUUUGGGUACGAAAAAAACAUACGACUGCCUGCGUCCCCACUCAACCAUUCGUCAAUGGAAAAAGCUCGCAACGAAAGGCAGAAAGAAAUUAAAAUGAUGGAAAGUAUCAAACAAGUCCUCAUUACGUGUUUCUGUUUAUGGAUUAUAUAUAGCAUAAGCUACAGUUAUAAAGAUGACAGAUCUUAUAAUUUUCAUCAAAAUAUAGCCACCAAGCUACUGACUCCUCAAAAUAAAACACUGCAGCAAUUUGGCAAGAUAACGCACGUCAAGGAUUAUAUGAAAUGGCUGCAAUAUACAGCGUUUCCAGAGCUAUAUCCUGAAACUGAUUAUACUGGAGAACGUUUACAUUGGAGACUUAGACAAAAUUUUCAUGAUUUGACCAGUUUCAGAGUUGGACCACCACGACUGAGACAACUUCGGGUCACAGAAUCAUCUGAAGUCCUUCCAUUUUUUGGUAAAAUUCGAACGAGACCAAAAUACUACUUACCGAUGGAAGAAGACAGAGAUUUUUGUUUUGGUUGGGCUAGUGGUAUAUGUGACAAAGAAAGAGAGGCACGUUCAUUUUCGUAUGCUGGGUGGAAAUUCACGAGUGCCGUUGAUAUAUGGGGUAUUCCCAUACCUGGACAUUAUAGCACAUACGGAGGUGGCGGAUAUAUUACCGAACUAGCUGUAAACUUUGAUUUUUCAAACAGAACUUUAAACGAAUUAACAGACUAUUUAUGGAUUGAUAGAAAUACACGAGCCGUUUAUCUAGAGUUCAACUUAUAUGCACCGGAUCUCAACCUAUUCGCAAACAGCAUGUUUUUAGCAGAAUUUCCUGAGACAGGAGGAAUAGUCACUUCGUAUUCUAUUUAUCCAUUCCGAAUUUAUUUUCACCUUGGUACGAAUGGUAUCUACACAUUAAUUUGUGAAAUAAUAUUUUUAUCAAUUGUAAUCGCUUUAACAGGCAAGGUCGUGUCAGGUGUUAUGAAGAAGAGGAAAACUUUUUUCAAAAGUGUCUGGAACAUUCUUGACUUUUCUUGCAUAUCCCUGAGUUUUGUGUGCAUCUCAAUGUAUGCUGGGCGUCAUAUUCUUGCAUCACAAACCAUGGAAAAAUUCAAGGAAGAUCCGAAGCAAUUUAUAAAUUUUCAGCAUAUUGCAAUAUGGGACUUGUUGUUUAAUUUGCUGCAUGCUACUUUGUUAUCAUUUUCAACAUUGAGAUUAGUCGGUAUUCUAGGCUAUGAUAAACGAGUUGGUAAGAUUUUCUUGGUUUUUAAUAAUUGUGCAAAGGAUUUAUUCUGGUCUGGUAUUUUCAUUCUUUACGUAUUUCUGUGUUAUGCCGCUCUAGGAUAUUUGCUCUUCGGAAAAUAUAUUGAAUCUUAUUGUGAUAUAUUUGAAUCUAUGGGAACAUUAUUCAUCAGCAUGAUGGGAAAGAGCAAAUUCACAGAAUUAAAUGCGAAGGAUCCAAUUAUAGCACAAUUUUAUUUCUUUACUUUCAUCCUGGUGACAGUAUUCACACUGCUGACCAUGUUUAUGGCCAUCCUUGGUGAGAGUAUCAGUGCAGUACAUACCAUUACUAAACGAAGAAUGGAGGAAGAAUUGAUUGAAUCUUUGUGGAAUAAAUUUAAGAAUCUGUUCGUAAGAAAGUCAGAACCUACGAAAAAUUCCAAAAAGCAACCUUUUCAGAAUACAUCUAUUGGUCUCCUGUACGACAUAAGAAAGGCCUUUAAUGAUGAUGAUGAUGAUAAAAAGUUUCCACGAGUAACUACAAAAUUCGAAAAGAGAGCAAAACGUAUUUUUGAUAACAAUAAAUAAACAAAAUAUCAGCUGCUCUGUCGUCAUUUCAAUGUGCAUGCAUGUUAAGAUUUACAGAAGAAUGAUACGUGUAUUAACAACUUAGCGUGCUAAAAUGACAGUCGAAUGUAAUGUACAAGGAUCUCUCAACGGACAAGUUGUUUUAAUAUCUCAUCAAAAGAUUCCACCAAUGCAGUUACUGCAGCUGUAACAGAACACAUAUUAUCACUAUUUACUUUCCCUUACAUUGUAGUUAUUUGGCUUUUUUCCCUUAUCAUUAUUAACAUGUUGACCUCUAAGACUUGUUCUCUUUUCUGUCACCUGAAAUUCCCCAUGUCAGUUUGUUUUCAAGAUUUUGCAGUAUAGUGAAUACAUUUUUUUGCUGUACUUUGGGGUCUGUUAAAGGGUACUUUGAUGGGCCAAAAAUAAAGGUGGGUCUAAUUAUAAUAUCCUAUGUGAAUUUUUUGUUUAAUAAUUAUGUUAAUGCUGACAACAAUAUAAUGAUAAAUAAGGCUAAAUUUCCAUAAGUCAAUAUAUACAACCUUUAAAGACAUUUUCAAAUGGGUUCCAGAAGAAAAAUUGUUGUAUCUUUUAGACUCAAAAGGAAAUAAAGUCGAUUAUGUGGGGAUCAAAAGGGUUGAAAUCAUUUAUUGGGGUCAUUUAAUCCCACAAGAGGUUCAUGACUUUUGUGUUCCACAUUGUUACUUAUCUACAAUAGUCCUUAAUGUCGUCGGUUUUUAAUAUAUAUCUAGUGAUGAUCGUUUAUUAAUCUUUUCUGUUUUAUUGUAAAGCUGUUGCUACCGCUAUUUUUGCUAUUACAUUACAAGUUUGCUACAUUAGAAACCAGAGAUAUUCCCAUAUUUGUUACUGCUAAGCAAUCUAUAGUGUCAUUAUCUUAAACUAAAUAUAAAUACCUAAGCAUUUAUUACAAAAUAUGAUAUUUUUAGCUCACCUGGCCCGAAGGGCCAAGUGAGCUUUUCUCAUCACUUGGCGUCCGACGUCCGUCGUCCGUCGUCCCUCGUCGUCGUUAACUUUUACAAAAAUUUUCUCCUCUGAAACUACUGGGCCAAAUUUAACCAAACUUGACCACAAUCAUCAUUAGGGUAUCUAGUUUUAAAAAAUGUGUCCGGUGACCCCGCCUGCCAACCAACAUGGCCGACAUGGCUAAAAAUAGAACAUAGGGGUAAAUGCAGUUUUUGGCUUAUAUCUCUGAAGCUAAAGCAUUCAACAGGUAAAGAUCUAUCUACCCUGAAAUUUUCAGACGAAUCAGACAACCCGUUGUUGGGUUGCUGCCCCUGAAUUGGUAAUUUUAAGGAAAUUUUGCAGUUUUUGGUUUUUAUCUUGAAUAUUAUUAUAGAUAGAGAUAAACUGUCAACAUCAAUAAUGUUCAACAAAGUAAGAUCUACAAAUAAGUUAAUAUGACCAUAAUGGUCAGUUGACCCCUUAAGGAGUUAUUGCCCUUUAUAGUCAAUUUUUUAUCAAUUUUUCGUAAAUUUUUGUAAUCUUUUACAAAUCUUAUCCUCUGAAACUACUGAGACAAAUGUAACCAAACUUAGUCACACUCGUUAUUAGGGUAUCUAGUUUAAAAAAUGUGUCCGAUGACCCCGCUUGCCAACCAACAUGGCCGACACGGCUAAAAAUAGAACAAAGGGGUAAAUGCAGUUUUUGGUUUAUAUCUCUGAAACUAAAGCAUUAAGAGCAAAUUUGAUUCUGUAAAAAUGUUCAUCAGGUUAAGAUCUAUCUGUCCUGAAAUUUUCAGACAAAUCAGGCAACCCGUUGUUGGGUUGCUGCCCCUGAAUUGGUUAUUUUAAGGAAAUUUUGCAGUUUUUGGUUCUUAUCUUGAAUAUUAUUAUAGAUAGAGAUAAACUGUAAACAGCAAUAAUGUUCAGCAAAGUAAAAUCUACAAAUAAGUUAACAUGACAAAAAUGGUCAGUUGAUCCCAUAAGGAGUUAUUGGCCUUUAAAGUAAAUUUUUAACAAUUUUUCGUAAAUUUUUGUAAUCUUUUACAAAAAUCUUCUCCUCUGAAACAACUGAGACAAAUUUAACCAAACUUGGUCACACUCGUUAUGAGGGUAUCUAGUUUUAAAAAAUGUGUCCGACGACCGCGCUUGCCAACCAACAUGGCCGACAUGGCUAAAAAUAGAAUAUAGGGGUCAAAUGCAGUUUUUGGCUUAUAUCUCUGAAACAAAAGCAUUUAGAGCAAAUUUGACAUCAAUAAAAAUGUUCAUCAGGUUAAGAUCUAUCUGUCCUGAAAUUUUCAGACGAAUCAGACAACCCGUUGUUGGGUUGCUGCCCCUGAAUUGGUAAUUUUAAGGAAAUUUUGCAGUUUUUGGUUCUUAUCUUGAAUAUUAUUAUAGAUAGAGAUAAACUGUAAACAGCAAUAAUGUUCAGCAAAGUAAGAUCUACAAAUAAGUCAACAUGACCAAAAUGGUCAAUUGAUCCCAAAAGGAGUUAUUGCCCUUUAAAGUCAAUUUUUAACAGUUUUUCUUAAUUUUUUGUAACCUUUUACAAAAGUUUUUUCCUCUGAAACAACUGAGACAAAUCUAACCAAACUUGGCCACAAUCAUCAUUAGGGUAUCUAGUUUAAAAAAUGUGUCCGAUGACCCUGCUUGCUAACCAACAUGGCAGAUACGGCAAAAAAUAGAACAUAGGUGUAAAAUGCAGUUUUUGGCUUAUAUCUCUGAAACUAAAGCAAAAGUUUAACGGUUGCAUUGAUUUAUGCAUCAAUGGUAAAUAAAAAUAUCAGGUGAGCGACACAGACUCCUUGGAGCGUCUAGUUCUCCGUUGUGGUUAUCUUUAGUGUUUGGGUUUUUUUUUGCUUCAAAUAGUACAAUUUUUCCUUUAUUGAUAUUUGCUUUACUAGUAUUUGAUAAUUUUUCCGAAAUAAAACAUAAAAAUGUUAUAGACAAUCA